CGUCACCCGACGUGUCUUCGGGGAACGAAGAGGAAAGACAUCAACCAUACUCCCAAUUGACCGCGAACAAAGAUGCGGCGCUUAUCCAGGUUGCGAGGGCAGGCUUCGGCAGGCUUUGCCAGCCAGCCCUCUAUGCUCUCCAACGCUCUUCGGGCCCCGGCAGCGGCCAUCAUUUCAACCGCCAGCGGCAGCCGACACGACCUCGAACCUUCCCCCGUUCGAACACAAACCCGACAUCUCUCCAACACCCCAGUCUCUCGCAGCACUAGCACCUCAAUCGAACCGCAACCCGCCACUCUUCAAGACCAGCCACCCGUCACGUUAGUCUACCCGCAGGGCAUCAGCGUGGCGCCGCCUCCGUCCGAGGUCACAGACCCGAGCUACAAGCCGGCCGACUCGGCCGAGGGGUUGGAGGAGGUGGGCGGGCUGGCCGACUGGUGGGAUCAGCCGGGGCACUGGAGCUCUGCGUUCGCGCCGCGGGCGUUUGGCUGCGAAAACGACAACAACAAGGUGACGGACCCGUUUGUGCUCGAGGUGUUUACGCGGCGGGCGGUGGUCGAAGCGCUCGUGCUGGCCAACUACGCGGGCGCUGACGGCAAGCGGGUUGACCGCAUCUUUUCGAGCGUCGGCGGCGCCGAGAGGCUGCGCAAGAUUGUCGAGGUGGAGUUGGCCGCUUCUGAGGACGAAGGGAAACGCGGGGAAGUGACGCUCAAGAACUCGAAGGAUUGGGUUAGGGUGUGGACGGUUCUGCGCUCGGUGGAGGAGAUUGAUAGGAAGGAACGGCAGAGGGCCGCGACCAAGGCGUGGCUGGAGCAACAGAAGAGGGAGAAAUUGGCUAAGGAGGCCGAGGAGAAGGGAGAGGCGGUCGAAGCCACCCCCGAGCCGGCCACCCAGGCUCAGGCCGAGGCCCCGAAGGAGUCUAAGAACCACAGUGUCUCGCCAGAUGCGGCGCAAGAGCUGGUCCGGUCUUGGGACAAGGGGUGGCGGAAGGCUGAGUUGAGAGAUCCCGUGGUCAAGUACUUCUUUGCCAAGCGGAUCCAGCAACUAACGGGGCACCGCAUCCCUGACGGAAAGCUGCACGGCAUCAAGACAAUCGACGGCCUCUUGAAGCAGCUCGUCGAACCGCCCAAGCCCAAGAAGCUCGCAGAACUGGUUGAGGCAAAGGAUAUGUUCAAGGACCUCCCCAACGUCAGGGUGUUCCCCAGGAGGGUCACGCCCAUUGACAAGGAGAAGAUGGUUGGCCGCUGGAAGAUUAUCGUCCGCGAGCUGGAGAAGCGCGAGUUGCCCGUCAUUGGCACGGGCGACUACGGCGAGCCCAUCGAGAAGAAGUGGAUCGAGGGCAGAAUUGCUGGGCAAAUUAUUGCAACUAGAACACUGCAACUGGCCCUUCACAACAAAACGGUCACAACCAAACGGGACUUUGAACUGCGGGGAGAGAGGAAGAGUACCCAGAUAAAGCUCGGUCUGCCCAUGGAAGCCAUGAACCGGACAGCGCCCAAAAUAGCGGCACUCCUCUCCAGCCGAGGCAGCGCCGCUAAUGGGCAAGAUGAGACGGCCUGGCGUACUACUCAGCUAGAAGAAGCGCUCACUGACGUUCGGGACGAGAGCGUCGAUGGUUUGGCUGAAGUGGUCCAGCAGCUUGCUGAUGGGGCAAGGGAUCAGACCUGGAGGCUGCCAAUUGGAGAUUCAGGACUUUUACGGUUUAUCCUGUCUGUUGGCGCUGCUGGGCAACAGGACCCUCGGCACCCCCUGAUAAAGCAAACCCUGCGCUUCAUCGCCAAUGCUUGCGCUGACUGCGAUGAGAACCGGGCAAAAGUGGUUGAGUCCGGCUGUAUUCACGGCUUCCUCAUCGACUGCCUGAAGCAUGAUGCAGUCCUGCCCUUUGCCAUAGCCGCCAUAUUGAACGUCUGUGUUGAUUAUGACAAGGCUCAACUACAAGCCUCCGAGGCGGGGCUGAGCAAGAUACUCGUCGAUAUCGUGUCUGGGGAACGGCUGUCAUCAUGCCAGGCGUCGCUCAGUCACAUCAUGACCAUCUUAGAGUUGCUCUGUAACCAAGACACUGAACCGAAGCUCGCCAACCCCAACACGCCUGCCCUCCUUCUUGGUCUUGCCACCAGCGACAGAUACCAUGCCGACUUGAAUGCAUUCUUGGAAAUCUGCACACCUGCGCUCGCCUACCUUACUUUCCAGGACUUUCAGCCGGUGCUCUUGGAGACAGGAAACUUUGAACUGCUGCAAUUAGCAUUUGAUCAACUGUACCGGCGAUUCGGUAUCACAGAAGUGGACACAGACACCGUCAACCAGCUCAAGCAAGUCGGCAACACGUUUGUCGCCAUCUUUGCGGACAUCUCGGCGCUGCCUAGCUUCUCCAGUGUUUGCUCUCUCAACAGUAAAGCAACUAGAACCCUCAUCGAGUGGCUGAGGCAAGCCCCAGACUUCCCUCAGCUCCAGACGGCAGCGUGUUUGUCACUGGGGAACCUCAGUCGCUCAGACGAGUCGAGCACAGCACUCUUGGAGCACGUCAAAGACUCCCUUUGCUCCAUCCUUUACCGAGCUAUCCCACCGCUCCCCUCCGCGCCCUCUCCCUCCCCUAACAUCGCCCCCCCUCUCCAACUCACCCACGCCUCUCUAAGCUUCCUCAAGAACCUAGCCAUUCCCACCGCCAACAAGGACCUGCUCGGUGCCGCCCUCCUCGACCCGUUCAACCCUCUCCUCCCUCGACUCUGGGGAUCAACACGCACCCAACCACAGCUCCAGUUCGCCGCCACAUCCCUGGCCCGACUCCUCCUCGUCAACUGCCCUUCCAACAUCCGCCGCAUAUGCACGCCUCUCGGAGGAGAGGGCCAAAGCAGCAGCAGCCUUGCCCUGCUGACAUCAACCGCCUUCUCAGCCGACGAAGAGCCCAUCAAAAUGGAAGCCGCCCGCGCCGUCAGCCUAGUCUGCCGCGCGCUGCACUCUUCAGAACCGGCCUCCUCCGAGAUCCUCGAUCCGUCAUGGACGUGGGCAUUACCCUCAACAAGCUCCGAAUCGACCGCCACGCCCGCUCUCACUUCCUCCCCUUCCCAGUCAUCGCCAUCAAACCCACAGUCGAAACCGCAAACAAGAGCAGAUGCCCGUGCGCGCUUCUAUGCCGCCCACUCCGAGAUGAUCACCACCGCCCUGACCCUGCUGCUGACCCAGACGCGGUUUCCACCGGUGCGGUCCGGGGCCGUCUUUGUGCUGGCGCUCAUGAGCCAUACUUCGGCAGCCGGCGGUGGCCACGGCGCGCACAUGGCGCUGCGGGUCCUGCAGUCCGGCGGAGGAGACAGGGCGUGGCGCGCGCUGGCAGAGAUGAUCACGGGUUCCGCGGAAUUGCCAGACGAGGGGGCAGCAGCGGAGACAGGGAGGGAGCAGAAUGACGAUGACGGUGUAGCGACGCUGGUGACGGGCGCCGAGGAGCUGUCGCUCAUGCCGCCGCAGCAGCAGCAGCAGCAGCAGCCAACGGGGAAACCGGCCGAGAUGGACCGGGAGAAUGCAAUGGUGCUGAUUGCCGAACUUUUGCGUAACUUCCCGGACGAGUUGGGCGGGAUGAAGACGAGAUUAGAGGCGGUGCUGGCCAUAGGGGGCAAAUUGGUUGCGCAGGCUAGAAACGGGGAUCAAGAGCAGAAGACAGCUGCUUAGUGACAGAACGAACCAACUCCUGUCUCGAGCGGCCGCAUUUGAUCAUUGUGAGCAUAAAACCUCAAUUAGCCCUAACACCAUGGAACUCGCUUUUGGUCACCAGUUGUGCGUUUUCCUGUCCAUGCAUUUGCGAAUGCUCUAGCAACUCCCUAUGCUGCGUGUAAUCGUUCUGAACCCUGCCCUGAAUGAAGUCCCGAAACUACACGGCCAUAGGAAAAAACCCACGUCCUCGACCAGGGCACCAGGGAAAGCGGAAAGCGAGACCAGACCAGCCAAACAAACACCGCCAGGAAUCCCUUCCUACCCGACACCGCCAGAACCAAGACCCCUCGCCUAUUUCUUGGCGGUCUCGGCCUCCGCCUUGUCCUUCGCACGCUUCUCCCG